AUGCGUAUCCCAGUCACUUCCUCAGACCAUCCCAACCAGCUCCUGCGGAAGCUGGGCGCUCCACACAACCCAGACCUUCCAGUGAGCUCUGCCUUCGGUCUGGUUGGCCUCCAGCGAGGCUGGAAGCCAGGCUCUAAGACUUGGAAGAAGAAUUGGAAUGUGUGUAUGAACGACGAGUAUGACCGGCUCAUCGGUGGCCGUGUGAACAGCCUCGCUACCUGGCAGGAGCUGUGUUCAAAGGUCGGAAUCAAAGGCUCCUUUACCUCAAUUACCCAGUGUAAAAAGGCACUAGCCCGGGUCCACGUCAAUAUUGUCGAUGUCCUAGAUUGUUGGAACUCGGACGCCAUCCCGAUUAGGUUCAAGAACAAGGAGGCCCUCGCCGCAUACACCCGGGCCAACAAUAAGUUCUUUAGUCGACACAUCGCCAAACAAGACAAGGUCCUGCGAGUUCUUCUCCGUCAGCUUGUUUAA